AUGCCCGUCCCUUCAGACUAUGAAUACAACCCUUGCCUCGCACUCACUCACCUACGCAGUAGGUCGAUCCGUUCGCCCUGGAUGAAAUGGAGGCUAUUGUUUGGCCAACUUUGUUUGUCCGACACAGACUCGUCGCAACCGCACCCGCAAGGAACCUAG